AUGUCGAACGAGCACCUCAUUACCGUUGCCUACCAGGAUCGCGUAGCGAUCGUGACAUUGAACAGGCCCGACAAGCUGAACGCUCUCAAUGCCGACCUGUACUACCUUCUAGGCGAGCGUCUCCGCGAGGUUGACUCACGGGAGGAUAUCUUUAUCACAGUCCUGACUGGAACAGGUCGUUUCUUCUCUGCCGGAGCCGACGUAACAAGCACACGUCCUGGCAAUGGAGACCUCAGCUCAAGCGCGCGUCGCGAGCUAGUCAAGGGAUUUGUCGCAAAUAAUGUCGACGUCACCCGCACCUUCUACAAUCACUCCAAGAUUCUUGUUGUCGCCCUGAACGGGCCUGCUGUUGGUCUCUCAGCCGCACUAGUCGCCCACGCUGACUUCAUCUACGCUGCCCCGCACACAUUCCUCUUGACCCCAUUCUCCUCGCUGGGUCUCGUUGCUGAAGGCGGUGCUAGCCGCGCCUUCGUCGAGCGUCUGGGGAUUGCUAAAGCCAACGAGGCGCUCAUCAUGAGCAAGCGGAUUAGCUGUGACGAGCUUAUUUCGACUGGCUUUGUGAAUAAGGUCAUCGCGUCGGAGUCUGGGAAGCAGGAGGACUCUGAUGGGUUCUUGAAGAAGGUGCUUGAGGAGGUUGAUGAUCGUCUUGGUACACACUUGAACCAGACUAGUCUACUAAAGAUUAAGGAGCUAGUAAGACGGCCUGAGAGGGAACUUUUGGAUCGCCAGAAUGGUCUUGAGGCGUUUAUGGGCCUUGAGCGCUUUAUGAUGGGGCUCCCUCAGGAAGAGUUCCGCAGGUUGGCGUCUGGUGAGAAGAGACAUAAGCUUUAG